UUCAAGUUUGUAGAGAGGAAAGGGAAUUUCUGUUGUUGACGGUGCAACACUGGCUUGAAAAGCCAAACUAUUUAAAUAUAUUAAAUCUACCAAAAUCAGCACCGAAAGCAGCAGGAAAAGGAUACCGUAAAAAUGCAUAUCAAAUCUAUCAUCGUUGAGGGUUUCAAGUCGUACGCACAGAGAACAGAAAUCAACGGAUUUGAUCCGCUAUUCAACGCUAUCACGGGACUCAACGGCAGUGGAAAAUCUAAUAUCUUAGAUUCCAUAUGCUUUCUACUGGGUAUCACCAAUUUGUCACAGGUACGUGCGUCCAAUCUCCAGGAUUUGGUGUAUAAGAACGGGCAGGCUGGAAUCACCAAAGCAACUGUGUCCAUCACGUUUGACAACUCGAACAAAAGCCAAAGCCCACUAGGGUUCGAGACACACGAUGAAAUCACUGUCACGAGACAGGUCGUCAUUGGAGGUAGAAAUAAAUACCUUAUCAACGGGGUAAAUGCCAACAAUACCCGUGUGCAAGACCUGUUCUGCUCCGUAGGUCUCAACGUCAACAACCCGCACUUCCUGAUCAUGCAGGGGAGAAUCACAAAGGUCCUGAACAUGAAACCCCCAGAGAUCCUAGCCAUGAUCGAAGAAGCCGCAGGCACCAGGAUGUACGAGUGUAAGAAGAUCAGCGCCCAGAAAACCAUUGAGAAGAAGGAGGCCAAGCUCAAAGAGAUCCAAACGAUCUUGGAUGAGGAGAUCACACCCACCAUGCAGAAACUGAAAGAGGAAAGAUCUUCCUACCUGGAGUACCAGAAGCUGAUGCGUGAGAUCGAGCACCUGAGCCGCCUGUACGUGGCCUGGCUGUUUGUGUGCGCCGAGGAGACCAAGGUGAAGUCGGCAGAGGACCUGCGGGGCAUGCAGGAGGCCAUUGCCCAGCUUCAGGCCAACAUGGCGGACAACAAGCGCAAGGUCCAAGAGCUCACGGACGAGAUCCAGGAGCUGCAGAAGAAGAGGGACAAGGAGGUGGGUGGAGUGCUUAAGACUCUGGAGGAGGCUCUGUCAGAAGUGCAGCGUGUGGACGCCAAGGCCCAGAGCGCCCUGGACCUGAAGAAACAGAACUUGAAAGACGAGACCAAGAAGAGAACGGAGCUGGUCAAGAACAUGGAGGAAGAUAAGAAGAUGCUGCUGACGAAAGAGGCCGAGGUGUCCAAGGUGGCGGAGAAGCUGAGCUCCCUGCAGGAGGAGGCCCAGAAGGACAGCGCCGCCCUGGAGGCCGCCCAGCAGCACUUCAAGGCCGUGUCGGCCGGCCUCUCCACCAACGAGGACGGAGAGGCGGCCACGCUGGACGGCCAGUUGAUGGCGUGCAAGAACGACAUGAGCAAGGCCGACACUGAGGCCAAGCAGGCCCAGAUGAAGCUGAAGCAUGCCCAGGCGGAGCUGAAGACCAAGCAGGCGGAGGUGAAGAAGAUGGACGGCGGCUAUAAGAAGGACCAGGACGCCUUCCAGGCUGUGAGGAGCAGCAAGGACAAACUGCAGGCCGAGAUCAACAAACUCAACUACGAAGAUGAAAAGGAGGAGGGACUGCUGGACAGGAAGAGGCAGCUGAACAGAGAGGUGACCAAGCUCAGGGAGACUAACGAGAGCCUCAUGGCACGCUUCCCCAAUCUCCGCUUUGACUACAGAGACCCUGAGCAUGGGUGGGACCGCAGCAGAGUGAAAGGUCUGCUGGCCAAUCUGAUCACAGUCAGCGACGUCUCCUACGCUACUGGGCUGGAGGUGGUGGCUGGGGGACGGCUCUACAAUGUGGUGGUCGACACCGAGGUGACGGGUAAAACGUUGCUGGAGAAGGGCGAGCUGAAGAGGCGCUACACCAUCAUCCCCCUCAACAAGAUCUCAGCCAGGACUCUCAACGCCGGCGUGAUCCACGCCGCCAAGGCCCUGGUGGGGCAGGACAACGUGCACACGGCCCUGUCCCUGGUGGGCUACGAGGCCGACCUGAGGAAAGCCAUGGAGUACGUGUUUGGCUCCACCCUGGUGUGCGACACCCUGGAGAACGCCAAGUGCGUGGCCUUCGACAAGCGUGUCAUGACCAAGACGGUCACCCUGGGGGGGGACGUGUUCGACCCCCAGGGCACGCUCAGCGGAGGCUCCCGCGCCCAGACGGCCUCGGUGCUGUCCUGCCUGCAGGAGCUGAGGGAGGUGCGGGAGAGCCAGGCGGCCAAGGAGGCGGAGCUCCGCGACCUGGACAAACAGCUGGCCAGCUUGAAGGGAACAGCCGAGAGGUUCCGCCACCUGAAGCAGCAACUGGAUCUGAAGACUGAGGAGGAGGAGAUCCUGCAGGCCAAGCUCAAACAGAGCUCCUUCCACCAGCAGCAGGAGGAGCUGGACAUGCUGCGCAAGACCAUCGAGGAGAGCGAGGAGACCCUGAGGAGCACCAAGGAGACUCAGAAGAAAGCGGAGGAGAAGUACAAGGUCCUGGAGAACAAGAUGAAGAACGCUGAGGCGGAGCGGGAGAAGGAGCUGAAGGCCGCCCAGCAGAAACUCAACUCGGCCAAAGUCAAGGCUGACACCUUCAGCAAGAAGCUCAAGGAGAAGCAGCAGGAGGCGGAUGCCUUAGCGCUGGAGCUGGAGGAGCUGAGGAGGGAACAGACGGGCUACGAGCAGCAGAUCCAGAUGGUGGACGAGGCCACAAAGGCCAUCCAGGAACAGAUAGACAACAUGGCCACCACCGUGGCCCAAAACAAGGAGUCAGUGCGUACAGCCCAAGAGGAUCUGGCCAAGCAGAAGGAGGUGAUCGUUGCCCAGGACAAGGAGGUUAAGGUGAAGAGCACGGAGGCCAAUGGGAUGAUGGAGCAGACCAACGAGGCCCAGCUGAAGAUCAAAGAGCUGGAGCACCACAUCAACAAGCACCGCAAAGACAGCCAGGACGCCGCCGCCAAGGUGUCUCAUAUGCUUAGGGAGCACGACUGGAUCCCCCUGGAGCGCCAGCUGUUCGGCCAGCCCAACACGGCCUAUGACUUCAAGGCCAACAAUCCCCGUGAGGCGGGCCAGAGGCUGCGCAAGCUGGAGGAGAGCAAAGACCGUCUGGAGAGGAGCGUCAACAAGAGAGCCAUGAACAUGCUGAGUCAGGCCGAGGAGAGGUACAACGACCUGAUGAAGAAGAAGAGGAUCGUGGAGAACGACAAGUCCAAGAUCCUCCAGACCAUCGAGGAGCUGGACCAGAAGAAGAACGAGGCUCUCAACAUUGCCUGGCAGAAGGUGAACAAGGACUUUGGCUCCAUCUUCUCCACCCUGCUACCUGGGGCUGAUGCCCGCCUCGCUCCCCCAGAAGGCUGCGGGGCCCUAGAGGGCUUGGAGUUCAAGGUGGCUCUGGGGAACACCUGGAAGGAGAACCUCACUGAGCUCAGUGGAGGUCAAAGGUCUCUGGUGGCCCUGUCCCUGAUCUUGGCGAUGCUGCUGUUCAAGCCAGCUCCCAUCUACAUCCUAGACGAGGUGGACGCUGCCCUCGACCUGUCCCACACACAGAACAUCGGACAGAUGCUGCGCACACACUUCACACACUCUCAGUUUGUGGUCGUGUCUCUGAAAGAUGGCAUGUUCACCAACGCCAACGUUUUGUUCAAGACCAAGUUUGUGGACGGGGUGUCGACGGUGAGCAGGACCACCCAGAGCCAGAGUGACUCGAACGCACCACACAAGGGACAUGACAAGGCUCGCUUCAAGGACAAGAGGCAGAAGCAGGUCAUCACUAACUAGUUUCAGCUCAUGCUAAAGUGCUCAAAAUUGAAUAUUGUCGCUCGCUAAGCCCUGCUAUGGUCUAAUUGUAUGUAACUUUUCUUUUGCCCUCAUGUCAGUGGAACUGUGGUGGUGCAGUGUUUUUUUAACUAAUGUAAUUUUGUUCUGUGUAUAUCUUUUGGGUUUGUCAGAUGACGGGUAGCUGAAUAGCCUACUUGUCAUGGGUGAACAGCUCCAAACAAUUGUCUAUUUCUGUUUCCUAUUAUGUCAUUAGUAAUUACUUAACAUCUAUUUAGCUUUGUGUAUGUCCAGUCUUAUCUAUUCAGGAUCUUCAACUGUUUUUUACUGAGACAGGUUUUAAUAAAACACCUUUAAUUAAACUUG